GAGUACAGCUCUUUGGUGGAGCUGGGAGCCUUCCCUCAUGGAGAAGAUGUGGACAGGGCAACGCCGCAAGUCCGGUUCCAGCGUGGGCUCGUCUUUUGCUCCAGCCUUUUCCUCACAGCUCUCGCGAUGCUUUUCGUCCACGUCGUGGGCCAUAUCCGUGGGCCAGCAGAUCCAGAGAAGAAGAGUGAUGCCGGCCGAUACACGAAGAGCGACGUGCUGUUCGCGGUAUGUCACAUCACCCUGAUCUACAGCUACAUGGGCUGCGGCAUCUAUGCAGGCUGGACCGAUCGGAUGGUCUACGAGUUCUACUUCCUGGCCAUCUGCGAGGUGCUCUGGACCAGCUGUCUCCAUGCCAUGCUCAAGAAGACAGGCCGGGUGGGAGCCUCGAAUGUGCUGGAAGCAAUGCUGCCCUUCGGAGAGCGGUUUGACCUGCUCCGAGACGCGACGGCGGUUGCCAACUACGUCUGCAUGGCCACAGCUUGGUCCUACGCUGGCCUAGCGGUGGUGCUGUCAACCAACAUUCUGGGCACUAUGCUCAUCUUCUGGCGCCGGGACGAUCUUCGACAACUUCGCAGCGCCGCGUGGCCCACCCGAGCCUCCCCGGUGCAGGAGGCCCCAACAGCUCCGGGUCGUCCGAACGAGGCGGAGGAUCGCAACGAGACCUCGCAGCUGCUCGCGCUCGAGUCUCCAAAGGAGCUUGGGUCCGAUUGCUGCUCGAGGGUGGAAAAAAAGUUCUUCGACCAGCUAGGCAAAGGCACGUCCCAUGCCAAGCAGAUGGCGAGUCUUUGCCAGCAGCUGCCACAG